CAGAUGUUUAAUUUACGUCUGCUACGUUAGGUUAGGCUACUCACUGUAUUCGUAUCAUACCGUUUUAGAAUACGGUUAGUGUUCAUUCAAGAGACGAGCCUUUUCACCUCAGAUGCCACCAUGCAUUAACCAACGAUAAUGUCGUUGUUUAACCCUGUCUCUUAUAUAUUUGUUUAGUGGUAAUAAUCGUAUUUAUUUGGAAAACAUAUUGGCUGAUAUUGCACGUCGUCAAAAUCGUUCACUGAUUGGCUUGCUAGCUACGUCUGAACCUAUGCGUACGGUGGUAAACAUCUGAACGUGCGCUUGCGUACUGGUAGUAAUGGAGGACAGGUCCUUCUCUUCGGGGUAAAAUCGGAAUUACUAUCGAUAACAAGACAACAACUGCCCAAUAAUUAUCGGUUGAAGCUAUUUAACAUUGUUGGGCCAUUCUAUUUAGGAUGGCGUCCGAUUCGGGGCCGCAGACUCCCAGCUCCAAAGGGAUCAUGACCUUUCACCCCACUGCUGAGGAGUUUCAGAACUUCAGCCGCUAUAUCGCAUACAUGGAGUCCCAGGGAGCACACAAAGCUGGUCUGGCUAAAAUCGUGCCACCGAAGGAUUGGAAACCCAGGAAGUCCUAUGACGAUAUAGAUGACUUGGUGAUCCCAGCUCCCAUCCAGCAGGUCGUGACGGGCCAGUCAGGUCUGUUCACCCAGUACAACAUCCAGAAGAAGCCCAUGACCGUCCGAGAGUUCCGCAAGACGACCAACAGCGACAAGUUCUGCAGUCCUCGCUAUGCCGACUUUGAGGAGCUGGAGAGGAAGUACUGGAAGAACGUGACCUUUAACCCGCCCAUCUACGGGGCCGAUGUGAACGGAACUCUCUAUGACCCUGAUGUGACAGAUUGGAACAUCGGCAAACUGAACACCAUCCUGGACACGGUGGAGCACGAGAGUGGUAUAACCAUCGAGGGGGUGAACACGCCCUACCUGUACUUUGGCAUGUGGAAGACCACCUUCGCCUGGCACACCGAGGACAUGGACCUCUACAGCAUCAACUACCUCCACUUUGGAGCGCCCAAGUCCUGGUACUGUGUUCCUCCAGAGCAUGGGAAAAGAAUGGAGCGCUUGGCUCAAGGGUUUUUCCCUGGAAGCCACCAAAAUUGCGAAGCCUUCCUGAGGCACAAGAUGACCCUCAUCUCUCCCUCCAUAUUGAGGAAAUAUGGCAUUCCAUUUGAGAAAAUCACUCAGGAGCCGGGUGAGUUCAUGGUGACGUUUCCCUAUAGCUACCACGCCGGAUUUAACCAUGGCUAUAACUGUGCAGAGUCCACCAACUUUGCAACUGAAAGAUGGAUUGAGUAUGGAAAGCAAGCCAUACUGUGUUCGUGCAGGAAGGAUAUGGUGAAGAUCUCCAUGGACCUGUUUGUGAAGAAGUACCAGCCGGACCGCUACGAGCAGUGGCUGGCAGGGCAGGACACAGGGUCCAUUGACCACUCACAACCCACCCCAGAGGCCAAGGAGUUCCUGGAGGAGGAUCAGGGGAAGGACUGCAUCUCCCAUGAGCCCUGUGUGGAGGAGCUCAACACGGAGGGGGAGAGAAAGAGCCCCACACAGAGGAUAGGGACCAAGAGGCACCGGGUGUGUCUGGAUGUACCUGACGAGGUGGUCCCUAAAGAUGAAGAAGAGGACGAGGAGUAUGGAAAGAAAGCCAGACUAGGCCUCUCCACUCAGGGCACGGGAGCAGAGGACUGCGAAGAUACAGUCACCUUGAGGGACCUCCCUAAUGUAAAGACAGACCCUAUGCAGGGCAACAGCAGCAGAAGCCCUGCUCCGCAAAAAGUCACAAUCCCCUCCACCAGCAAUCAUGCGGCAGCCAUUUUGGCUCAACCCCAGUCGCACAGAAACGGGCACCUUCCAGGAGUGGCUCCUCCAGCCAGGACCGGCCCCUCCACCCAUCCGAUCAGAAAGCUAGGGGUGGCCAGCCUGCUCUUUCAUAAGACCCAGAGCCCUAAGGAGGCCCUGCAGGUCCACAGCUACGCCCGCGAGAACCAGCAGCAGAUUCACCACACCCACCUCCAUGUGCACAGUUACGCCAGGGAGCACCUGCCACGGCACCUCCAACCCCACCUGCAACUCAAGCCCAAGCCCCAGGCCCAAGUCAAGGCCGAGCAGCAGGAGUCCCAUGUCCCAUCUACCAAAGGAGAGCAGAACCAGGCCGAAGCACAGAGUCCCUGUAAGGGAGAACAGGUUGAAACCAAAGUCCAGACCCAAGGCCUCGAUAAGUGGCGGCAGCAUCCUGGCGAGGCCCAGGCUUGGGAGGAGAGGUCCGAAGCCAGAUCCCCUAGCAGUCCAGAGCCCGUUCAGACCCAAGCACACAACAGGGCAGCCAAAAGGGUUGAGGCGGAGGUCCGAAGGGACAGGCGGAAGCAAUGUCUUUCCCCUGUGCAGGCGGAGUUAACUUUAAUGAAGCAGACAAACUUAUGUCCAAAUAAGCCAACAAUCUUACGUCCAAGUAAGCUGACAAACUUAAGUCCAAGUAAGCAGACGGACUCAAGUCAGAGUAAGCAGACGCAGUCAAGUUCAAGUAAGCAGACGGAAUGCAAGAGUAAACCGCAUCCUCUCCUCCGCAAGCUGCCCAAACAGCACCCACUACUCAGGACCAGGGAAAGCUCCAGUGAUGACGAUGAACUGUGUGUGGACAUGGAGGAUGAACCAGAGGAGAAGGAGGAGUGGGCCAAGCCCCUGGCCCAGCUGUGGCAGAGCAGACCUUACAACCCCCAGGCGGAGAGGGAAUACAACAAACUCAUGGGCCUGCAGGCCCCCUACUGCUCCAUCUGCCUGCUUUUCCACACAUAUGACCAGUCGGAGUCAAGCGGCAACCCCAGCUACAUUCUAAAAGGCCGGCGCGGGGGCAGACAGAGGUCCAAGCCCCUGAUCCCGGAGAUGUGUUUCAGCACCACCAAUGACAAGACGAACAACAGCAGCAGCAGCGAGGGCGAGGGCCAACUUUCCACCCCUCACCUGGAGGAGGACGGCACCAGCCUGCUGGUCAGCUGCUCCCAGUGCUGCGUCCGCGUCCACGCCAGUUGCUAUGGAGUGUCUGCAGACCAAGUGUCAGAUGAGUGGAUGUGUGCCCGCUGUGAGGCCAACGCUUUAACUGAGGACUGCUGCCUGUGUUCACUGCGAGGGGGAGCUCUACAGAGAGCCAACAACGACAAGUGGGUGCAUGUGCUGUGUGCGCUCGCGGUCCUGGAGGCGCGCUUCGUGAACAUCACCCACCGCAAUCCUGUAGACCUUAGCUACAUCCCCCUGGCCAGGUUCCAACUGAAGUGUUUCUACUGUAAGCGGCGGGUGAAGAGGGACGUGGGCUGUUGUGUGCAGUGUUCCCAUGGCCGCUGCACCACCGCCUUCCACCCCACCUGCGCCCAGGCCGCUGGCCAGCUCAUGCAGCCCGACGACUGGCCGUUCAUCGUCCACGUCACCUGCUACAGGCACAAGUCGCUCGUCCUGCCAGAGCGCAAUAAAGCGGUCAUGCGAGAGCUGGAGGUGGGCCAGAAUGUUAUUUGUAAGCACAAAAAUGGCCGCUACUACCAGUGUGAAGUGCUGGAGCUGACCAUCGCCACUUUCUACGAGGUCGUCUUCGACGACGGCUCCUACAGCGACAACCUCUUCCCAGAGGACAUUGAGAACCGGGACUGCGUGAAGCUGGGCCCGCCAACAGUUGGUGACGUAGUGCAGGUGCGCUGGACCGACAACCUGCUUUACGGGGCCAAGUUUGUCGCGUCGCACUCCAUCCCUAUGUACCAGAUGGAGUUUGAGGACGGAUCGUCGCUGUCUGCCAAGAGGGAAGAAGUCUACAGUCUAGAUGAGGAACUGCCCAAACGAGUCAAGUCCCGAAUGUCCAAGGCGUCAGACAUGCGCUUCGACGGGAUCUUCACAGAGAAGGAGGUCAAGCAGGGCUCCAAGAGACAGCGAGUCAUCAACUCCCGUUACAGAGAGGACUACAUCGAGCCUCUCAUAUACAGAGCUAUCAUGGAAUAACCCUCCUCUUUCUCGACUUCCUUAUAAACUCACCACACACCCAGAGGGGGGGGGCAUCUCUGGGCACCCACAGCCUGGACAGGUGGCUCCAACCCUGGGUACUAUUAGGAACAAACUCUCUCUUCCAUGUCCCUUGGGCAUUUUUGUAAACCACGGCUGGGACUUUAAGGGAGUUUCUGCUCUUUAUGAAAUCCCCUCUCUUAUUUCUGUGAAUGGUAUCUUCUUCCUCUUUUGCGAACUGCCCAUUAAACUGGAACAGCAGAUUUAUUUUCCCCGUUCGAUGAUGACCUGCUCAACUCUAUGAUUUCAGUUCUGCAUUAUCUCCUGCCGGCUUUGGACAAUUUGUUUCUCCUCUGACAACUUGUCGGCAUUCUAACCUCUAGCUUUAGCCAUCCAAAAGCAUUAAUUGGACGAUGAAAACAAUGGUAUUUCACAAUGCAGGCCAUUAUUCAAUAUGAUUUUCAAUAACAUGCUGUUAAUUGAUUUAUUAUAAUCCCCAAAAUAUUUUGCUUUAUACUCUUUGCAAUACAUACAUUUAUGGACUUCAUAGGAAUGUGCAGGUUUGAUUGUGUCUACUGUGACAAUAGGAAGAUAGAAGUUAGCAGCCCAAGCCUUAAGUUCAAAGGGCAGUGUUUUCUUGUUAGGUUCAGUUUAGCUUUACAACUUUCAAGCUUUGGAUUUAUUGCAUUUAAUUUAUGUCAGUUGUAUGAGUUUGAGAAUGCAACUGUUUGUUACCACAGCUCACUGCGCUUACAAUCUCAGAAAAUCCCUAAGAUGUAUUUAUAUUUGUUAUGUGGAUAGGUUUCUGGACGCACGUUUGUUCUCAAUUCUUAAAAGUUAUUGGUAGUUUUUUUUUCUAAGCCAUCCUAUGUUGCAUUGGUAGUGUUUAUAUGUCAUAGAGAAUGAAAAAGAUAGCUUCCCUACAUAGUUCCCAUUAUGGCGUCUUAGAUUACACAGGCAACACCAUUGAGGCAAUCUCCAUUUUGAAGUAGUACAUUUUCUUCACAAUUGGCUGAUCCCUCCUGAUGACCUGGCUGGACA